CUCUUUCUGCAAACCCCCAACUGAAAGGCGACGAAUAGUAUGGAGUCGCCUGCCCAAUCAGGUAUAAGUUCUCAUGAUCCGCAAAAUGAAAGUGUUACAGCAGCUUGUCAGGUAGCCUGACGGGGCUUGGCUCACAAUUCAAAUGCUCGGCCUUCUUGAAGUGGAAGGCUUGGAGAAUAUGCGUGCAUUGCGAAACAACUUCCAGAUUCGUGAGUACGUACUCUGUAUGUACUUCACACACAGGAACAGCAAGAAAAGACCGAGGCGCGUGCCCGCGCGCUUGUUGAGAUCCUCGCAAUUUUGAUGAAAGGCGGACUAAAGAGAUCUACUCCAUCGUGGGGAAGACUCCUCUCA